GCCAGCAGAUGCAGUCUACCUAUGGGCAGAAGGAAAUCCACAGGAAAGUGAUGUCACAAAACUUCAUCAACUGCCACACCAAGAUCUGCCACGUGGAUGCUCAUGCCACUCUGAAUGAUGGGAUGGUGGUCCAAGUGAUGGGGCUCCUGUCCAAUAAUAACCAGACUCUGUGGAGGUUCAUGCGGACCUUUGUUCUUGCUCCUGAGGGUUCUGUUGCCAACAAAUUUUAUGUUCACAACGACAUCUUCAAAUACCAAGAUGAGGUCUUUGGUGGCUUUGUCACUGAACCUCAGGAGGAAUCUGAAGAAGAAGUAGAAGAACUUGAAGAAAGACAGCAGACACCUGAGGUGGUGCCUGAUGAUUCUGGAACUUUCUAUGAUCCGGCUGUCAGCAAUAACUUGGAGGAACAUUUAGAGGAGCCUGUUUUGGAGCCAGAGCCAGAACUGGAACCUGUGCCUGACAUCCAAGAGGACAAGCCUGAGCCACCAUUGGAGGAAGCUGCUCCCGAGGAUGUGCAAAAGAGCACUUCCCCGGCCCCAGUGGAUGUUGCCCCAGCGCAGGAAGACUUGAGGACCUUUUCUUGGGCAUCUGUGACUAGUAAGAACCUUCCUCCCAGCGGGGCUGUUCUGGUGACAGGGACACCAUCUCAUGUGGUUCAUGUGCCGCCUUCACAGCCCCGUUCAGAAUCUAAGCCUGAAUCACAGAAUCUACCACAAAGGCCUCAGAGAGAUCAGAGAGUUCGAGAGCAACGGAUCAAUAUCCCUCCUCUUAGGGGACUCUGGUCAAUCCGUGAGGCUGGUGAAGCAGGAGAUGUGGAACCUCGAAGGAUGAUGAGGCACCCUGACAGUCACCGACUCUUCAUCGGGAACCUGCCACAUGAGCUUGACAAGUCGGAACUGAAGGAUUUUUUCCAAAAUUACAGGAACGUGGGGGAGCUGCGCAUUAACGGUGACGGGAAGUUACCCAACUUCGGUUUUAUUGUGUUUGAUGAUUCUGAACCUGUUCAGAAGGUCCUUAACAAUAGGCCCAUCAUGUUCCAAGGCAUAGUCAGUCUGAACGUGGAGGAGAAUAAGUCUCGUACUGCCAGGGAAGGCAACCACAAGGAUAACCGUCUUCGGGGACCAGGAGGUCCCUGUGGUGGGCCAAGUGGUGGGAUGAGAGGCCAUCCCCAUGGAGGCAUGGUGCAGAAACCAGGCUUUGGUGUGGGCAGGCAGAUUACAACUCCAAGGCAGUGAAUUGCUUGGUCCCGAUCUCCACACAGCACACAGCCCUGGCUCCUGCAGAAUGGUGAUUUCUUCAACCAGCCUUUGGUGUCUCGGAGUAGUCUAUUAUAAACUGCUCGAGUUUGUACAAUUUUCAUUUCGCUUAUGUUCAUGGUGUGUGCCCCCACUCUCCUUUCCUCCCCUGACCUUUUAGUCCUUCACUUCCAGUUUUCCAGAACGAUACUUUAGGAGGCGUAGGUUUUUAAAGAAGAGGAGGGGAGACUCUCUUUUCCUGCUCACGCAGAAGACACAGACUGGAGUUUAACAGCCAUUCCCCAAAGGAGUGCAUCUCGCUUUUCACUGACAAUGGAUGUUUCAUUUGUUGGGAGACACAGGAUUUGAUAAACAUUUUGGAAG